AUGAUAUUGAAGGAGUACAGGAUUUGUAUGCCUAUGACAGUGGAAGAGGUGAGAGAAAAGUUUGAUUGAUAAUAUGGCUAAAUGUGAUCAAAUAGCUUUGACAACUGUUCUUCAUCUCGAGUGUACCGGCGCAGAUAGGGAAAAAUAAAAAUAAAAAAGGUUGUUUGCACGAAGAUCUCAACUCGAAAGAAACUAACUUAAAAGAAAUAACGUUGCAUUAAUCGUCAUCUCCUCAAUUCGUUGGCAAGAUGAAAGCUCUGUCUUCUAACAUUUCGACUUAAAAGACUGUGAUUCAAGAUUCAAAGGUCGUCGACGUAACCGAUUUUGUUUUAGGUCGAUCCAUGUCGCCUGGUAAGUUAUGGUUUUAGGGUCGCCUUAAAAAACGCUGAAGAGAAACCGUGGAUAAUUUAGAAAGUAUGUGAAUGUAAACUAGGUGGUUUGGUUGUUAUUCUGGCAUAAACUUUGCUUUUAAACAGUGCAGUGACCAACAACUUGAAUUUUGCUGCUGAUGUUUCUCGGAAAUUUCUUAAGCUUAACUAGCUAAGUUUAUUUGUGCCUUGAGUAAAUUAAAAUACUCAAACAAUAUCGAUCAAAGUGAAUCAUUCAGUCAGAUUAAAGAUGUGUAAAUUCGAUGAAAGAGAUGCUUUUUAUACUUUUGUUCGUUGUACUUUUGUAAUGCCAGUACUUAAAGCUGGGCGCACAGAUUGGAAAACACUAAAAAGAUCAUUUCUAACAUAUAAAACACAUCAUGAAUGUCCUGUUUUUAAACUUGUAAACUCAUGCAAAUACAAAGCGCUCUAAAAAUAGGGGUAUCACUUCUAUUUCACUUUUACUUUAUUAAAUGGGGCAUUGAUUAGAUUGAAAUCAAAUCUUGAUACAAUAAAUUGUGUUAAAUUAUCUCAAUCAAUGCGCUGAAACGUUUCGAGGGUAUCGCAGAUCGAUUUAAUUUACGUCGCAUGUUAAAUUUUAAAAUUCACUCCAAUUCUGUUAAAAGACCCAAUAUCCCCUUGAAGAAAGAGGGCGCUUUAAAUUUAUAAUAUCUAAGAUUUCGUGACAGCUGACCUACAGCUCACUCUUUAAAUUAUUAAAUUAUUCACAAAUAUUUUGGACUGCAUUAAUUAUGAUAUGCAUUGAAUUUUUGUGUGAAUAUCAUGUGAGAAAUAUAAGGGAACAUUUGUUAUUUAAAGCCUGGUGGGUGCAGUAAUGUUAUUACAAAGCCUGCAUUUAAAAAUAAAAUUUUCUUUUGGGUAAUCCCUGAAUUGAUUCCCCCGGAUUAAACUAUGUCCCAGUAAAAAAUUAUCUGUCCCCCCACCCCCACCCCUACUAAACUUACCAUUUUUACAUGCAAACACAAAUUUUAUGGGGCUUCAAUGAAGUUCUGCUUUUUUGUAAACACUGGAAUAACAUUUUAUGCAAACAAGUUCUGUUAACCAGGGAUGCUGCUAUAAGAGCCGGCUGCCGGCUAAUUUCACUGACUAAAAAAGAGCUUACCACCAGCUCAAAUUGCAAACGAAGAGAUGCAAUUGAGUAAAAAGCUGGCUUGACCAAUAAGAAAGCCUACUUAUCUUUUCAUUAGCUACAUCCCUGGUUAACAAAUCAUGUCAGAUACUCAGCAAAUUGAAAUUAUUGGCUCCGACAUGAUUGAGGUUACAAAAAUAUCUGCUAAUGCAGGGAAACAUGAUGGUGGCUGAAUUCAAGUACUGUUUUUUUUUUUUUCAAUGCAUAUAUAGAAACGUCACUUUUGCAAUCGCCUUUCAUUUUCUUGACCAUAAAAAUAGUCUAAUUGCUUUUGCAGGUGGUAUUGUCUUUAAAUAAACUGUUGAUGUUUUAAAAAAAAAAUUAAUGAAGCCCUAUAUUGUUUUUGCUUUUCUGUUUUUUAAAGGAGCUGUGUCACAAAAUUCAGCCAAAUUAGGAAAUUACAAAAUGCCUGUUAAAUUAAGAGAAACAUAAAAAUUACAGCUCAAAACUUUAAAGGAAGAUUAAAAUAACAUAACAGAAACAACAGGUGCCACAGAUAGGCAAAACUGAAGAAGAUUGAAACGGAUUGAAAUUAGGGUUUUUGAAAACUGUUCAGCCUAACAGUUUUUCAAAGUUGGUCCCUGCUGCUUGCAACUUCAAAAAUAAUGCUCAGGAGGCAUAUUUGUUUGUCUCGGGUCUCUGAGUUUGUCAUUUACAAGUAAUUUCUUUGCUUACUUUAAGUUCCAUAGUGAUUGAGGGCGAGUAAUUGGCAAAAUUAAACAAAAUGAACUGGACCGCCGUGACACAGCCCCUUUAACCUUGGGAGGUAAAAGGUCCUUUAGUUUGGAUGAUUGGUGAAUUAUUAUUAUUAUUAUUGUUGUUGUUGUUUCAUCUCAUUUGCUUUCAAAUGUCCUUAAGUAGCACAUCAUAUUUGAAUUUUCAUUAUACUUGUGUUGUAUUUUGUAGCCAAGUUACUUUGACAAUGGUUGAUUCCACCUCUCUUCUUACCCGUAACUACCCCCUGUUUGGUGUGAAAGUAAAAUCCACACACUCAUUUAACUAAUUUGUGAGUCUGGUAGAAGUUUUUUGUGUGUUUUAGCUUUGAUCAGAGGUUUAAGCAACUGUAACAAGUAUUGUUAAGGUUGCUGAAAUCCUAAGAUCAAUGUUGGCCAAGUAUCUAACAGGUUGCGUACCUGUCGGGAGAGCAUUGUUGUUCUUUAAAGUUGGUUAAGUAACUUCUAAAACUGCAGAUGACUGACAACUGCACAGAACUUACACAAGCAUUAUAUACAAGUAUUUUGGUUCAAUUUUUUUUCAUAUUUUAGUAUCACAUAGGACAGCUAUUUAUGAUAAGCAAACACAGUCAUGAGCAGAGUGAACAAGGUGAGGGAGUCCAUGUGGUAAAAAACGAACCGCAAGAAGAUGAAACACAUGGCCUUGGACAGUACACAGAAAAACGGGUUUAUUUAUCAAGGUGAGUUUGUUUCAGAAGUUUGUGUAUUGUUGCAUGAAUUUUAUUCUUCUAAACCCUGGGUUCAAUUUUCAUCCGUGAUCGUGUUUUGAUGGUUAUGUGCAAAUUUAAGCAAGCACCAAUCUGUCCCUUACCAAACUAAGAGGAUACUUGUAUAAGUGACUAUAUAAUUAUACAGUCAGUCUUAGAAGAGUGAUGUCCUUCUUAUAACGAGUCAAAUAAAGAGAGUAAAGUAAGGCAGGAACCAACUGCAAGUGUCUGUUUUACCAAGGUGUCUGUCUUCUUAGAGGUGUCUUUUAUGAGUGUCCAUCCGUCUUCUUUGAGGUGUCCAUUAUGAGAGAGGCUACAGUAUAUAACAUCCGCUUGCAGAAAUCCAAGAAUUAGAUGGCAUCUAGUGACACAUUUUCUUUGUGAAAAAUAAUUUUGACACAAAAACUUGCUGAGAGUCUUAAGCUUUCAUGGUUGUAAAAAAAGAAAACCUUACUCUUGUUAUCUUUUCACAGCCGUCUUCCUGCAUGGAUUCGCUCCUACAUUCCGAAACUAUUUUAUAUAGAAGAGAAAGCAUGGAAUUUUUACCCAUACACAGAAACAGGUAAAUGCAAUUUUAGUCAGAGAUUGUUUGGUAAAAUCUUUGCAUUCUUAAAUAUUUCUAUCAAUAAUUAUUACUGUUAAGUAUACAUUACCACUUUUUAUUUUUUUAGGGCACAUUCAAGUGAUCAUAUUCCGGAAUAAGAACCACUUUAAUAAACAUGAUUACAUACAAAUGUACAUUGGAAUAUCUUAUUUCAAGUAGAUUUGUAGGUAUUGCAAUGCAAUACAUGCCAAUUAACAAGUGAUUUCUAGGUUUUAUUUUUAUUCUCCGGUAUUUCUAGAAUAAAUAAUAAUUGGUCUAUCGGAAACCAAACACAGUGUUUCAUCUCAUAUCAUACACUGAAUAAGGGGUGAAAAUACAACCUGCACAUGGGGCAUAUAUUAUUGUUUCAUAAACUUUGAUUCAAUGUGUUUGGCAUUCCGAUGAGUGUUUGUUAUAAGUGCUCAAACAAACUUAUUUUAAUGUAUAAGAAAUUAAGGAUGCAAAAACAAGGAGGCUUCCAUCAGAUAACAUUCCAUGAUCUGCUUAUUAAUGAUUUUGAGAGCAAAGCAUUCAAGAUUUUUACCUUGUAAAAUUUGAAACCCACGUUUCUCACCAUUUCACCAUUCAUAAUUGUGCUGCAUGCCUUGUACAUGUAAACUCACCAAAGACUCAAUAAAUUGUUGUAAAAUGUUUUACAGUGUGGGUUGGGUUUGAAAUUUGAACUAUUUGUAUGGCCAGUGGUGAUUAUAUAUCAUGAUUAAUAAUGUUUAUUAUUUCUUUUUCUAUACCAUCAUCCAUUCCUGUGCAGAAUACUGUGUGAGUACUUACUUAUAAAACCAUUCAUUCAUCAUCAACCUCUUAAGAACAUUACUUUACUUGUAAAUUCAAUAAUGAUAUUGCCAUCAGGCAAUGCUAAUUUGGCAGGCAAAAUGAUGGAGUGAUAUAUAUUAAAUAUUUGCUUUACUAUGACUGAUGAUUCAUAAGUUAAGGAAAAUCUCAGACUGCAUGAACAUACAUGUGAUUAUUGAUUAUGAAAUCUUAACCUAUUUCUAUCAGUGUCCUUUGCUAGAAAGCAUAGAUUCAGAUGUUCUAGAGUCAUUCCUGUAUUAAGGGUUUCUGAAUAAGGGGCUUUAACAUUUCACUCCUAAAAAUGGCCAAAGUAAAAAUCAAUAAAAUUUCCAUGUAUCUUUUUGUAAAAACAACUUCUGAAAAGUCAAUAGUACCAUGUGAAAGUACUACCAAAGAGUUUUCAUUUGAAAGGUAACAUCAUAGGAUUUGAUCCAUAGACUCAAAAGUUAGAACAACAUACUAAAUAAUUAGUGCGAUGUGAAAGUACUGCUGAAGAGAUUUCAUUUGAAUGGUCACUGCACAGGAUUUCAUCCACAGACUCAAAAGUUAGAACAGCUUUACAAAGCCUCUCUCUUUCACUCUGAGAAUGAAAGGGUUUAAAGGGAUACAUUAUUUUAAACCAGUCCUCUCUGUGUCUUGAUACAUCAAAGAAAUGAAACACUUCAGAUCAUACUUCAUUAUUAUUUUGUCCUUAUCGGAAAUCGCGUUUUAGAAAAUACAGUUUAAAUAGAAAUGAUAUUUUUUACAAUAACUGAGAAAAUCCUCGCACGCUGAUUGGGCGAGGGCUAUGGUCUAUGCAAGUAUUGACCAUAGAAAUGACAUAACCUGUCACCCGUGAUUUUCUGAGAAACUUCGCAGGAAACUAAAUGUUAUUGUAAAAAGCAAAUCAAACACAAUUUUCCAUGGUCUACACCCUUAUAGACCAUAGAAAUGAUGCCAUGAAAUGUUCAAAACUUUGAAGUGAAACCAGUCGGCUGCGGCUCGUGGUUCCACUUGAGUUUUGAACAUUUUAAGACCUCAGGUCUAUGGACUAUAAGAGAGUAGACCAUGGAAAAUUGUGGUUGAUUUGUUAAAUACAUGCAUGUAAUACGUGUACUUUAUGAUGGUAUAUUUUCCUUUUUUCCAGUGUUCUUUUUUACCAAGAUUUUCCAUUAAAAUACGAACAAAAUAUUUCAAUGACAAUGGAAGUAGCCAAAAUGUAUGUAUCCUGUUCUUGUUUGUUCUUUGACAUUAUCCAAAAAAAGUAAUUGGGCAUUUCCAGAAAAUAUACAUCCCAUACCACGGAAGGUUUCCAUAUUUUAACCCUGCCCCCCUUGCUCUUGGAAUUUCCAAAAUGGGUUAUCCCUCCAUUCCCUUGGAAUACCAGAUUGAAACUACUAUGAGGUGAAAUUGCAUUUCAAAAAUGCUUUGUUUUCUACAGAUAACGCCAAAACAUCAAGAUUGCUCAGUUUUUACCUUAUUUCUGACCAAAAAAUGCAUCCCAAAAUAUCUUGGUAACGCUCCCGUAGAUUUUGCUUAAACUUCACGUACACUGAGGCUGCAGUUGGAGGAAAAAGCUCAAACGAUUUUCAAAGAACAGUUCCCAGUGCCGAGAAAUACGGCUGCAAGUAAAGUAAAAUAGGUAAUGACGUCAUUUUUUUACUAUGCCUUCGGAAUUCCAAUGGUAAGUAUCCCCCCAUGUCUUCGGAUUUCCAGUUCAAAGAACCCCCCCCCCCCCUUGCCCUCGGAAUUCUGAAAACCAUCUGUGGUAUGGUAUAAAUAUAUUCUGGAAUCAAGGUUCUACUGUAUGUGUAAAAACUUGUGCAUGAAUGAUUGUGGGUGCUCAGGAUAGUUCAAAAUCAAAUUCAAAAGGAGUGGGCCAGCUUAAUACUAUUUAUUUAAUUGUAAAAUUAGAGAAAUCUGAGAUCAUCUUUGUCAAGAAAUUUCAUGGGCUCAGCACUGGAAGAUUUAUGUUACUGGAAUCUUUUAAAAUCAUUAACACAACUAUGUCAGAUAAUGGGGAGGGUCAGAGGCAGGGGGCAUGAAAAUUAAUAAUUAUCAACCACUGAAUGAAUUUAAUUUUUAGGCCAUUUUCUGUUAUUUGUAUGCUUUUGUUGUUGUUUUUUGUUUUGUGGGAGCUUAUUUUUGUUGAUGUUGAAAAAACCUUGAACAUUAGAUAUAUGCUGGAUAAGAUAUUAAAAAUGUAGGGAAACUGUUCCAAAUAAUUAUCUGCAGGGGUGAAAAGAUGGGGGUCUCCACUACAUCAUAAAUUUUUUCAACUUGUAAACUACUGUUGGGAAAGGGUCUGAAGAUUUGAAACUUGGGCUGUGUUAUAUAAAACUUCCAUGUGUCUUUAAAUUGUAAUCUAAUUUGUUAUUCUAAAUUUGUUUGUAGUGUUUUGAUUUAAAUGAGGAAAUGCUUGAAUCUAGAGAAGUUGUAAAUGUUGAUAUAGCAUAUGAUGAAUUACCAGAAAAACAUUACACCCCUGAAGAGGUAAGAGGUGAUGGAGCAUACUAUAUUAUAAGCUGGCCAUUGAUAGCCCACCAUUUUCUUUCCAAGUGUAUGAUACACUCCAAACCCAACCAUUGUUCACUUGUAAAACUGAUUAUGUAAAGUAUCGACACAAUUUCCCCCAUUUUACAUCAAGUUGUUGAUUUUUUUUCCAUCAGUAGGGUAUAAUAUUAUUUCCCUUGCAGUGUAAUUUGUGCUAUUUCACUGAAGCCGAAGGGCCAAUGUAGUCAAGAGCUACCAUUUAUAUAUUUAAGUCCAUAUGAAGUGAAAUUUCAGUUACCCACAGCAACCAAUGUAUUUUUAUAAUCUUCUAGGAAAUACGUUUCCUGUAUUUUUCAUGUGUUCUUUUUUAUAUUACUUUCAGGACUGUAGAUAUUUUAAAUCAAAGAAAACAGGUAGAGGUCCAUUAAAGGAGGGUUGGAGGGUAAGUAGAUUUUUAUACAAUUACCAUUUAAUUGAAAAAGGUUUGAACAGAAGAACUCCACCUCACCCGCAUAUAUUGCCUUUCUCUAAUGUUCACCAAAACACAAAAUCAUCAGGGUUGUCACUAAGAUUUCAAGUUGCCAGCUAAAUACAACAGGGAAUCAGACAGAUACAGAUUUCUUUUGGUUCUAUUUUUUUUUCUAUUUUCCUGUGAAAGUAGCCAGGGCCCACAUUCAUAGUAGGUGGGGGAAAACCCUGGCCCCCGCCUCUUAAUCACAGCCCUGAUCAUUGUGUCAGUUUCUUAUUCUAAAAACUUGUUUUUUUAAUAGCCAAUUUUGAAAUAAGUGUGCCUGGGCAGUCAGGUCAUCAGGGUUUCAUUUGAGGGCUAUUCAGGCCAUAGGCGAAUUUGAUUGCAGUAAUACUUUCCUCAUCAGCAUACGAUUUAACUCAUAGAAGGCCUGGUCAUAUAUAGAAAUUAAAAUCAAUGGCUGAAAGAGCUAAUUCACUUGAGUAAUUUUUUAUCUUUGUUUCUCCUUUUACACUGCAGGAUGACUCACAGCCAAUCAUGUGCUCAUACAAGCUAGUCUCUGUUAGAUUUGAUGUCUGGGGACUAGCCUCAAGAGUUGAGUCCUUUGUUCAUAAUGUGAGUGUGACAGUUCAAAAAUCCAUACACUGGAAGACUGACCCAUAAUUUCUCAAAAAUGAUGACUAGUUAAAUCAUAACUUACAAUUCUUUGAACUCCGCCUCACCAACAUUACUGAGAUAAGAUAUUCUUUUGAAUUUUGAUGUUAAGAGGAAUGUCAGUGAUACAAAAAAUAAAAGCGGAUAUUACACUAACCACUAUUUUUGGAUUGAGUCAAUGUACUAAUAACUAUAUCUAAUUACUAUAACUACAUUUACUAUAAUGAUUGAUGGUAAUAAGUUUUAAUAUUAUUUAAUUUUAGUGAGGACCUAAGCCCUGAAAACCACUUAAUGUGACAGGAGCUUCCUCUAUAAAGAUUAUUUAAUUAUUAUUAUUUAUUAUUAUUGUUAUCUAUGAAAUAGAUAAUAAUAGUAAAUAAUUAUCAAGUUAUAAAACUGCCAAAGAACUGGAGACUAUUUUGAAGAAGUUCGACAGGAUGUUGGGAAUUUGGAAAUAAUUCUUUUGAAAAAUUGAUGACUAAGUAAUACGAUGAUUGAACAUUAUUUUUAUCUGUAGGUUAUCCGAGACAUUUUAUUACUUGGUCACAGACAGGCAUUUGCAUGGAUUGAUGAUUGGAUAGGUGAGUGCAAGCUAUCUCCCUAAAGACUUGCUGUACUUAAAUGCUGUUUUUAUCAACCCUUUUACUUCCAAUAAUAGCCAAAGAAAACUUUCACAAAAAAUGUUACCUAAAAGGUUAUUCAGGGCUGUCAUUGAGAGGCAGGGGCCAGGGAUUUCCCCCGACUACUUUUAUUGGAAAAUAGAAGGAAACUAGAAACAAAAGAUAUCCCUAGCUGUUUAAUUCCCCGCCCGCCUACUCAUUGUAUUUACCCAGCAACUUGAAAUCUUAGUGACAACCCUGUUCUUUGCAAAAAAAAUUAACUUCUUUCUGUAAAUUUGUAACAAAAAAUUCAGUACUCUGCCAUUGUUCUGCUCAGAAGUUUUUAUUUGAAUGGUAAUACCAAAGACUUUUGUUUACAGAUUUAAAAGUUUAUACAGUUAUAAUAAUCAUGCCAUAAUAGUCGUGUUCUAGAAAAUAAAUGAAGAAGUCAAGCAAACUCAGUUGUACCUUUUUUCUUGGCAGAUAUGGGCAUAGAUGAUGUUAGAGAGUAUGAGAAAGACAUGCAGGAAAAAACAAACAACAAAGUUGGUGCUGACAUGUAGAUUGGAUUUUUUUUUUUCACAAUAGUGUUUAUCCUUGAG